UCGGUAUCAACCAAUCGCAGUUUGAGUUCUUUAUCGUUGCAGCGCUAUGCCCUAUCCAAUAACCGUAUGUGAUCACGUGAUUUUAUGUUUUUAGGAGACGGGAACUGGGAAAGGAAGAAAAGCAAUGUUUUGCAAUAUAUUAGUGAACUUUAAUCUAAACUAAAUAAUAAUACGUUGUACAAAACGAGACGGGCAAGCAGAAAAAUAGGGAGUGUUUGUGAAACACAGCGGCAGUGAUGUUAUUUGGAAGAAGAAGAAAAUGCUGUAUGAUCGUACAGGGAAGAUUAUGUUGAUAAUGACAGUGAACUAGAAUUGUUUAGACAAUAAUAGGGCCUCCAGACUCUUAAGGAAUGACUUUGAGUUCGAUUGUAGAUACCUAUUUGUAUAUUCUGAGCAGGGCGGGAAACUUGUGGCUCAGUCAGGGUCAAAGGCGAGCAUCUUUACAGUCGACCAGCAUCCACUCCAGGAUAAAUCCGACCAGGAUCCUUCACAUCCGAAGACCACUCGGUGGUAAAGUAGCAUACUUGAAGCAGAGUCAAUGCACAAAAAACAACAUUUUUAGUAGAGGAAGUUACCUCAGGAGCAAAUUUGGUUUAUACUCUAACAUUUCCCAGUUCAGUACCUCAUUAUCACGUGGAUCAACCAGCCUGAGCCAUUGCAUGUCUCGAAUCAAGAACACCUUGGACUCUGUUUCGAAAGCCGUCAGCAGCACUCAUACCGAGCGCCUGUUGAAAAUUGUCCGACUGAAGCCAAGCGCGAGUGCAGCAAGGAAGGAAAUAGAACCCAUAGUACAGUUUAAAUGUGAAGAUUCUGACAAACCUGCGUCGGUUGCUGCUGAUCCAAAACCUAAUAAACUUGAAGACGAAAAGAAGCCCUUGGAGAAAUCCAUCCUAGCUCAUGGAAAUUCAGCAUCCACCAUAAGUACUGCAAAUAAUAAAUUGGAUCAGAAAACGUCCAGAGAUUCUUCAGCUGCUAAAGGUACAAAACCAGAUCUGUUCCAUCCUAGCUACUUUACCACAAAUUUUGGUGAAACCUACAAUUUUGUAGCGACUCACGUGAAUGUUUAUUUUGGGGGCAAAACAGACAUGGAUCAAGUAAAGCCUGAUAAAGAUGAUACCAUCAAAUCUCCAAAUUCAGCUGUAUCUUCUGAAUCCACACCUGCUGCUGCUGUCCCAACUUCUCCUAAAAAGGGAAUAGCCCAUGUCCUGUCGUACUCUACCAAUAGUGUGCAGGCAUUUAUGGGCAGCUAUCUCGGCACCUUGGUACCGAGAUUUCGGUCCGAGCCUCAAAGUAUUGCAGAAGCCAAACAUACGCUGCAGUCAGCAGUGGAAGAGACUGCAAAGAAGGAGGAGACAGUGAAUGUUAAGGAGCCCAAGACUUCAGAUGACAAAGCCAAGCGUCUCUCACUUCAGAGAGAAAAGAUCAUUGCAAGAGUCAGUGUGGAUAACCGAACCAGAGCGUUAGUCCAAGCACUACAGAGAGCCUCUGAUGUAAAGGUCUAUAUCAACAGGGUUGAGGAACUGAGUUAUCAUCUACUAGAGUUCCCAGAAACCAAAGGUGUAGCCGUGAAGGAGAAGGUCAUUCCUUGUUUGUUGCGACUAAGACAGGCCAGUGAUGAGACUCUGCAGGCUGCUGUCAGAGAGGCUCUGUCUUUGGUGGGAUACAUAGACCCAGUGAAAGGGCGUGGCAUUCGAGUGCUUUCCAUUGAUGGUGGGGGAACAAGGGGACUGGUCGCACUUCAGACUCUGCAUAAACUGGAAGAGCUGACUGGAAAGCCAAUUUAUCAGCUGUUUGAUUAUAUAUGCGGCGUUAGCACUGGGGCUAUACUAGGCUUUAUGCUGGGGCUGUUCCAGAUUCCUCUUGCUGAGUGUGAGGAUUUGUACAGGAGGCUGGGCUCUGAUGUGUUCAAGCAGAAUGUCAUUGUUGGGACAGUGAAGAUGGGCUGGAGCCAUGCCUUUUAUGACAGUGAAAUAUGGGAAACCAUAUUGAAGUGUAUUUUUAUUUUCUACAGGGAAAGAAUAGGAUCUGAUCUCAUGAUAGAAACUGCUAGGAAUGCAAAAUGUCCAAAGGUGGCAGCAGUGAGUACAAUAGUGAAUCGAGGAACACCUUUGAAAGCUUAUGUCUUCAGGAACUACAACCUUCCCCCUGGAGUGAAAUCACACUACUUAGGAGGCUGCCACCACAAGCUCUGGCAGGCUCUCCGAGCCUCCUCUGCCGCACCUGGCUAUUUCCAAGAAUUUGUUCUGGGAAACGACCUGCAUCAGGAUGGAGGCUUGCUGAUAAACAACCCAGCUGCAUUGGCAAUUCAUGAGUGUAAAUGUCUGUGGCCAGAUACCCCUGUGCAGUGCUUGGUAUCUCUGGGAACUGGACGCUAUGAGAGUGAGGGCAAGAACAAUGCCACCUACACAAGUCUCAAAACAAAAUUAACUAAUGUGAUCAGCAGUGCCACUGACACAGAAGAGGUUCACACAAUGCUUGAUGCCUUGUUGCCUCCAAAUACAUAUUUCCGUUUCAACCCUCACUUGAAUGAGGAUAUACAGUUGAAUGAAAACCGGAAAGAAAAACUGAACCUGUUGCAGACAGAAGGGACUCGUUAUCUGGAGAGGAAUGAGGAAAAGCUUAAAAAAGCUGCUGAAAUACUACUGCAGGACAAGACGACUUUUCAGAGAGUAAAGGACUGGAUAAAAUGUAAAACUGACAUGUAUGAUGGCCUGCCACGUUUAUCAAAAUUGUAAUGCAACUAACAAAGCAAAAUGGAGAACUCUGCUUAACUCAAGCUGAGUUCAGCCCUGUUGGUCUAAGUCAGGGGUGGGCAAUUCCGGUCCUGGAGGGCCGGUGUCCCUCCUGGCUUUUGUUCCAACUGUGCUCUAA